UCCCACUCCAUUCCUCCCUAUAUAAACCGUGCGACUCUCUUCCCCACCCUCGUCAGCCCAGCCGCCAAGUUUCAACCAACAACUCCACACAUUUCAACCCACCACUGCAUCAAUCCCAUCAACUCAUUCACCUUAAAUCUUCAUCAUGUCAGGAAGAGGUAAAAGCGGAGGUAAAGGUCUCGGCAAAGGGGGUGCCAAACGUCAUCGUAAGAUCUUGCGAGACAACAUCCAAGGUAUCACCAAGCCAGCCAUCCGUCGUCUUGCUCGUCGAGGCGGUGUCAAACGUAUCUCUGGCUUGAUCUACGAAGAAACCCGUGGGGUUCUCAAGAUCUUCCUCGAGAACGUCAUUCGAGACUCGGUCACUUACACCGAACACGCUAAGCGCAAGACCGUCACCUCCUUGGACGUCGUCUACGCCCUCAAGCGCCAAGGCCGUACCCUCUACGGUUUCGGAGCGUGAAGAGUUCUCUCCCCACCUUGAACCUCCCGCGGCUCUCACCUCACGCCGGGUCUUUCUAACCUGGCCGUCCAGUUUUUGCUUCUCUCACCUGAUUCUGUUUUAGUUUGUUGUGGUUUAUUAUUCCCUUGAUUGAUAUCGACAUCAUACAUGAUCGAAUGAUGACUCCCUUACCCUUCCGGAUCGAUCUCCUCCCAUAUACAUCUCGCCCCCCUCCCCCUCACAAGAUUGCAAUUCCAACACCAAAAAAAGGAAUGAAAAACUCCCUCUGAAUUUGGAGUGAUGUUCACGUCGGUCUGGCUUGUAUCGGGAAUUAUAUGUAUCUAGCCUCUCUAUCCAACAACAGAAAAAAAAAUCAAAUGUCUUGUACUGUGUCUCCAUGCUUUUUACAUCCUUACCCUCAAGGUUGUUUCGUGCACAGAAGCUCUGUGAUGAAGAGGUCUCCUCUCUUUUGAUCUUGGUUGAUUGCUCUUCAGUCCCACAUGUCAAUGCCAUUCGUGAGCUUGAGCAAUGAAGGAAAGCCUUCAUCGCUUGUCGUC